UUUUAAGAUUUUAGGCACACGCAUUAAAGGAAUUGAAGCACAUUCAUAGAGCUUAAUUCUUCCAAGAAUUCUACCAUUAAAUUACUUCAGCAAUCGGCAUUAUUGUUAUUGUUAGAAAUUUGUUAGAUUUAGUUACAUGGGCCGUGCAAAAACAGAAUUGAAGUGCCUCUCAACUGAGAAAGAUCGGAAAGGCAGAUUCAAGACAAGAAUCAAGGGACUAGAGAGCAAAAUGAAGAAAUUUUCUGACAAAUGCGAAGGAUCCGAAGCAUGCUUGACAGUUUAUGAAGAAGGUAGCAACGAUGCACCAAUGAUUUGGCCAAAAGAUUCCACAAAAAUCAGAUCCUUAAUUAAAAAGUACGAAGCUCAAAAGAAUGUGAGGCCUCUUAAGAUCUUUGAUCUCCAAGACUUCUUUGAGCACAAGAAGACCUUGGUUGAAGCCGAAACUUUGAAAGCGCAAAAAUGCAUCUACAGCGUCAAGUAUCCCACUUCUGACUUGAAUAUCCGGAGCUUAGAUUUGGAACAACUGAGGAUGUUCAUUGGCAUAUUGGAUAACAAAAUUGGUGCGUUGGCUGAAAGGAUUAACAUGCUGAAAAAUAGUCAAAAAGUUGAAAGUAACUUCAAUUUUGGACAGAGUAUUGAUCGGUACAACUCUCAGAUUCAACCUAUGAUGCCACAUAGUUAUGAUAUGGGUUCUAGUUCCCAAAUGGGUCUCCUUAGUCCAAAUCCAAUGGAAUUGAUGGGAAGUAUGGUGAAUGCUAUGAUGUCUAAAAGGUGGUGCCCAUUUACUAAAAAGGGUUAA